UUUCCUCAUAAGUCCGUGAUUACAGACAACGCCACAAUUAUCACCAGCUAGCGUUUGAAGUAUGAAUGUCAUACAAGGCUUGUUGGGAGCCGUUACACCGCUAUCCGAUGGUGAUUUUGCGGAUCGUCUCAAUUAUUGCGUAACUACCGUCGGCUUAGUGUUAGCGUCGGCAUUCAUAUCUGGAUGGAGCUUUGUCGGCUCACCCAUCCAAUGCUGGUUUCCAGCUUAUUACAAAGGAUGGUGGCAAGAAUACGCGUUAGAUUAUUGUUAUGUACAAAAUACGUAUUUUAUACCGAUGACAGACGUCAAAGUACAUAAUGCAUUCGAUUUUGCUAGUCAUAUGGUGGAAAUUCCGACAAGCUGGGCUGAUCGUGAAGAGAAGCAAAUUGGGUAUUACCAGUGGGUACCGUUUAUACUCGCCGCGCAAGCGAUACUUUUCUAUCUACCGGUGGUGAUAUGGCGAUCGAUAUAUGAAAGCUCUGGAUUCAAAGUUCGAGCGAUUUGCGAUACAUGCAGUAUGCAUGCAAAUAUGGAUGAAGGCACAAGGCAAAAGAAUAUGAAGACCAUCGCUGCGUUCCUCGUUCAGGAGCAUGCAGUAGCAUUGGUGAAAGCUGGAAAGGCUAGAAAAAUUUCUAGUGGAAGCUAUAUCACCAUCGUGUAUGUGUUUAUCAAAUUUCUCUACGCCCUCAACGCCAUCUUUCAAUUCAUCUUUCUCAAAAAUGUACUUGGUGUUAACUCUUACACUUGGGGAUUGGACGUAUCUCUCGACUUAUGGAACGGACGUGAAUGGCCUGAAACAGGAAACUUCCCCAGAGUAACGAUGUGUGAUUAUGACGUCAGAGUGCUCGGCAAUUUGCACAGGCAUACGGUACAAUGUGUAUUGAUGAUCAACAUGUUCAAUGAGAAAAUCUUUGUUAUUUUAUGGUAUUGGCUGUGUAUCAUGCUGGUAGUGAGUGUGUACAGUUUUAUCAAAUGGGCUGUGGCUAUGGCGACCACUACAGUAACCGGAAAAGCCUUGGUAAACAACUUCAUCCAACAGAUUGAUCCGACCGUAGCACGCAGCCUUCACAAACGUUCGCUUCUCCAGCAGUUCGUAUCCGAGAAGCUCCAAACCGAUGGGGUGUUUUUGAUCCGACUUGUUGCUGAAAACUCUGGUGACAUGGUCACAUUGGCGUUGUUGAAGACGUUAUGGGAAGAUUUUAUUAAACAGCGUGGCGAACAUCCACCACCAUACACUGAGCCAUUACUCGUGUCGAAUAAGAACAACAGCGAGUCUGGAUUGUAGAUCAGAAUUUUGACAAAUGUGUAGAUCACAAAAAAUUCUGUGUGAAAAUUUACGAAUUUCACUUGCACAAAAUAAACGAGCCGCUUCAAUGAGCUUUCUCUUUUAUGACAAUGUUUUU